GGAGCGCAUUCCUCCGCCUCGCGCGCCGCGGAGCGGACCCCGGGCCGAGCGUGGCCGGCGGAGCGACGGGCCCCGCGCCUGCCCGCCCCGCCCCGCCCCGCCCCGCGCGGGGGUCCCGGGCGGGCUCCGGUUCGGGCGGACGAUGCGGCGGCGCGGCCGGAGCGGCGGCGGGAAGCCCGGGCGGAGGUGACGCCGAGGCCGGCGGGCCGGGCCAUGCAGCGCUCCCGGGCGGCCGCGGACGAGGCGGCCGCGCUCCUGGCCGGGCUGGCCCUGCGGGAGCCGCAGCCGGGCGGCGACUCUCCGGGCCGGGGGCGGCGGGGGCCGCGGCCCGGGCCCGGGGACGAGGCGGCGCUGGCGCUGGGCCGCCGGGGGAAGGGCGGCGCCGGCGGCCCCGAGGCCGGGACGGACGGACUGAGCCGCGGGGAGCGCGGCCCGCGGCGCGCGGCCGGCCCCGAGCUGAGCGCGCAGCCGGCGGGCAGCCCGCGGCUCAGCCUGGCGGGCUCGGACGGCGGCGGCGGCGGCGGCAGCGCCCGCUCCAGCGGCAUCAGCCUGGGCUACGACCAGCGCCACGGCAGCCCGCGCUCCGGCCGCUCGGACCCGCGCCCCGGCCCGGGGCCGCCGUCGGCGGGCAGCGCCCGCUCCAGCGUGUCCAGCCUCGGCUCCCGCGGCUCCGCCGGGGCUUACGCCGACUGGCCGCUGCCCGGCGCCGGCCCCGCCGCCACCCGCUGCCCCGAGCCCGUCGGGCCGGCCCCCUUCGCUCUGCCUGCGCUCCCGCUGCCCGCGGGCCGGGAGGGCGGCCCCAGCGCGGCGGAGCGGCGGCUGGAGGCGCUGACCCGGGAGCUGGAGCGGGCGCUGGAGGCGCGCUCGGCGCGGGACUACUUCGGCAUUUGCAUCAAGUGUGGGCUUGGUAUCUACGGAGCAAGGCAAGCAUGCCAGGCAAUGGGGAGCCUGUAUCACACCGAUUGCUUCGUCUGUGACUCCUGUGGGAGACGGCUUCGUGGGAAGGCGUUCUACAACGUGGGCGAGAAAGUGUACUGCCAGGAGGACUUCCUGUACUCCGGGUUCCAGCAAACGGCUGACAAGUGUAGCGUGUGUGGACACCUCAUCAUGGAGAUGUGCCUCCCACCCCAGAUCCUCCAGGCCCUCGGGAAGUCCUAUCACCCCGGCUGCUUCCGGUGCUCCGUGUGCAACGAGUGCCUGGACGGGGUGCCCUUCACCGUGGACGCGGAGAACAACAUCUACUGUGUCCGAGACUAUCACACGGCUUUUGCGCCAAAAUGUGCCUCCUGUGCUCGUCCUAUUCUCCCUGCACAGGGCUGUGAGACAACCAUCCGGGUGGUGUCCAUGGACAGAGACUAUCAUGUGGAGUGCUAUCACUGUGAGCUGGAGACACCUGGAUAAAGAUGCCCAGGCGGCAGGUAGAUGUGCUGGAGCUCAAAGGCUCUGGUCACAGGUACAGGAACCUGGGAGUCAUGGCGUAUACAGCCCUUCCCUCUCCGAUGCUCUGCCCUGUGGUUACCAGACCUCGGCUUCUGCUCCUCAGCCAAGAGGACUAGUGGGCGCUCUGGGCGGCCCUGGGGGGUAGGGUCGCCUUCUCUCGGAGAUCACCGCUUGCCUUGCCUGUGGCCUAGGGUCUGAGAAUCCAUUUUGCAUGUAUUUUGCCUGGCUUUUCAUUAUUAAAAGCAGGAUGGGGAGUCCAGUCCUUGUUCCUGUCAGGGCCUGAAGCAGCAGCCCCAUCCCGAGCCUGCAGACGGCUGGGAAGCCAGGGGAGGAACGGGGAGGGGGGGACCUCCAGGAAGGAGCCAGGGCUCAUGAGCAGCCAUGUUUGGGAGAUGCUGGAGGCAAAGCAGCCACACGGGGAGGCCACGAGUGAGGGAGUGAGGAGGUAGGAGGAAAGGAGCAAACCUGGGGGAGCAGUUGGGUUUCAGAGCCCUGGGAAGAGCAGGAGGGGGAGUGUGAGGGAGAAAUCUUCAGUCAUCAAAGGUCCAUGGGAACCACUUGUCCUGGUGGGGCAAGUGGCCCAGCGGGAACAGGAGUCCUGAGCGGGGAACGGGGGGAGGAUCAUGGAUCCCCCUCAGCAGUGACGGAUCCUGCUCUGCGGUCCCGGACAGGGCGGCGUUCCCUGGCGAUCGCUAAGCACAAUCUCUAGGGUAAGGAGCGGGCCACGCGGUAGGUGGCCCCCACCAGCCCCUCGGGAUUGUGGCUCUUAGAUGGGAACUAGAGUCUCUAGGCCCCUCUCUCCUCCCCUCUCUGGUGUGUGAUAAUGAAUAGCAGGACCCAGUCAGGGGGCGAUGUCAGGACGGGGGUGGGUGGGGGUGGGGGGACACUUGAAACGCGUGGCUUGGACCGUGAGGCUCCAUCGCAGUCUUCCAGCUCCUUCACUUCUGUGGGGGCAGGCAGGUGUUGGUCUCAGGGCCUUUGGGUAACGGGAGGCAGGAGUUCAGCUCUGGCGCCUCCUUGAGGUAGGAGGCAAAGGAAGGAAGAAGUCCAAUUGGUCCUGCCUGUGUUCCACCGUCUCUGACCUCCUCCAUGGCUGCGCCUCACACUUCCUGCAUAUAUAUAUAUUUUUUUUUACAGCCGUCACAUACCAGUCACAUAACUUGUUAAACAGACAGACAAAAUUAGCCUAUAAAGUACAGCACGGAGAGAAAACAGUUUGAUGAAGGACUCAGAGCAGAACUUGUUCACUUGAUACCACCGAUUUCUCUCUUCCAUUUCUCUUACGGCCACUGGCCCAGGCGUUGACACCUCUCAGUGUCACCGCCCCAACCUCCCGCAGCUCUCUGCGCGCUGACUGGUCCCAGUGCCCCUAGGACAUUCAUUUUUGGUUUCUUCCCUUUGGUUUUCCCCUCAAAUCGCUUUUCCUUUUAAAAUU